ACAUUGCUGUUCUGGUUCUGAUUUUUAACGCUGCUAAAAGUUGCCCAACAAUGCCCGCCCUGUUCUCUGAUCAUACAUUCAGACAUUACGCCUAUCUUCGGGACAGUCUCUCUCAUCUGGUCCCUCCAUUAAGAUUGCCAGGUAGAAAGCUGGUGUCCUCCCCUGUCUCUCCCAGUAUUACACCACAUGAAGAUCCUUCCCAGCAGUUCUUGCAUCAGAGCCUGGAGAGAGUUUACAACCUUCAGCACCUUGACCCGCAGGGCAUACAGGAGCUGCUGGAAUUUACCAUCCGUGAUCUUCAGAGGCUUGGAGAACUGCAGUCAGAACUGGCAGGGAUGGCAGAUUUCACUGCAACUUACCUUCAGUGUCAGCUGCUCCUCAUCAAGGCCUUGCAGGAGAAGCUGUGGAAUGUGGCAGCUCCUCUCUACCUGAAACAGAACGCGUUAGCAUCUGCUGCAGCAAAACAGAUCUUGGAAGAAACUUAUAAAAUGGAGUUCAUGUACAGUGGUGUGGAAAGUAGACAAGUGGUCAUUAUUCAUCACAUGAGACUGCAAGCGAAGGCGUUACAGCUUAUAGUGACUGCGCGUACCACUAGAGGAGUAGAACCCCUUUUUGGGAUGUGUGAAAAAUUCCUACAGGAAGUGGAUUCCUUUCAGAGAUGUUUCAUCUCUGAGCUCCCACAUAUGCAAGGCAGUUUUGUAGAUAAAUUGCUGGACUUAAUGCCCAGACUCGUGACAUCCAAGCCUUCGGAAGUGGUCAAAAUUCUUCAGACAACGCUGCGACAAAGUACCUUCCUCCACCUUCCUCUUCCAGAGCAGCUCCAUAGAGCUACUGCAAAUAUCAUUGAGCCUACUGGUGAAUCUGAUAAUCCUCUGAGGUUUACAUCGGGGUUGGUAGUGGCACUGGAUGUUGAUGCAACUCUGGAACACGUGCAGGAUCCCCAAGGAACCGUUAAAGUUCAGGUAUUAUAUCCAGAUGGACAAGCACAGAUAAUCCAUCCUAAACCAGCUGACUUUCGCAAUCCUGGUCCUGGAAGGCACAGGCUGAUAACUCAGGUUUACCUGUCACACACAGCCUGGACAG